AUGUCAUCAGAAGAAGCCGAGUUGCAAAGAAAAAAAUGGCGUGAAGAAAAAAGAAAAAAUUGUGCUAAGAUAAAAAAGAUAAAAAGUAUAACCAAAUGUACAAAUGAGCCAGAAAACCCCAUUGAUGGUUCAGAUUUAAUAACUUUAAACAGAUUCCGGCGAAAGUGUCGAUUUUUACUAAAAAAGUGCCGAUAUCUCCAACAAUGUACAGAUAAACUGAAAACACAAAAAGAAAAAUACAAGAAACGUCUGUAUCGCCUUAAAAUUAAAGAUAUGAAGGAAAUUAAUGACUUGAAUCUAACAAUUACUAAAAUGCGUGCUAGAGAAGAAGUGUUAGAAUCGACAUUGCAAAAAACAUAUCGAGGUACUAAAUCUCAAAAUGAUAAAAAGAUUCUUAAAAAAAUAGUAGACAAUUCAACAAACAAAACGGUCGUUACUAAAAUGCUGGGAUUGAUUGGCAAAGCAAGGGUACAAAAAAGGAAAAGAAAUCAAAUAAAUGUUUAUGAAAUAACACAAUUUUAUCUACGAGAUGACGUGAGUCGGAUUACAUCAGGGAGAAAAGAAACAAGGACACAACACAAAGAGAAAAAGCAGAUAAGGUACCUGAUGGAUACGCUGGUCGAAAGCUACAAAAAAUAUAAAGAUGGCGGUGGGCGAUAUGGCUUAACGUCUUUCUUCAAUCAUAAACCAUUUUAUGUGUUAUCACCUCACCUUAAUGCAAGAGACACAUGUCUUUGCAUCAAACAUAGUAACCUAGAAUUUCUACAUUCUGCUAUAAGACGAUGUGGAGCGCUGAAGAUGGGAAUGAGACAGGUUUUGAGUAACGUAGCUUGUGACACAAAAAGCUAUACUUGUAUGUAUGACAAAUGUGAAUCAUGCAAAGAUAAAAAACUGAAUUUCGAGAGUUCUGAAAACAGUAAAACGGACGAUUCUAAUAUUGUAUCCUGGCUUCGUUGGGAACGUCAAGAUCACACCUAUUCAAAAAAAGAAGGAAUUGAAACCAAAGAAAUUAAAACAAAAAGGACUAAAAAGAUAACUAAAUCAGGGACAUUAGAGGAUCUGAAAAAAUUUUUUAAUGAAGAACUGCAUAAUUUCAAAAAACAUUACUAUAACAUGCAACAACAGCAAAGCCAAUAUCGGAAAGCCAUUUCACAAUUAAAAGACAACGAAGUAGUUUUGGUCUGUGAUUUCUCCGAAAGUUAUGAAGCUAAGUUAGCCAGUGAAAUACAAGCUAUGCACUUCGGGGCGUCAAAACACCAGAUAACUUUGCAUACUGGCAUGGUAUAUUGGCAUAACAAAUCACAAUCAUUUUGUACCCUUGCUGAAAGCCAUGGUAAAAGUGUGGCUGACGGAAUCGGGGGCAGCGUCAAGCGCACUUUGGACAGAAAGGUUUGCCAAGGAGUUGACGUCACUGAUGCCAAGGAUGCCUAUGAUAUUUUGAAACAAUGCCUCAAGGUCACGAAGGUUUUUCUAGUUCCAGACAGUGCCAUAACUGCCAUAACUCAUAUUUUGCCUAGAAAUAUACAACCAUUAAAAGGAACCCUGCAAGUACAUCAAAUUAUGACCCACGAUGAAAAUAUUAUAAAAUUCAGAGAUGUCAGCUGCUUUUGUGAACCUCUUCGAGGACGCUGCGCCUGCUUUCAGCCGCAAAUCCACUCAGUCGUUUCCAAAACUAACAGAGGUGGUGACAGAAUCCAGCGAGUACAAUCUUUGGCAAAACCACCUGAACUAGCACAACCCGAAUGCCAAGUAUUUGAUGACAUUUCAUUACAGCAUGUCAACAAUCAAAUUAAACAUAAAGGAAUCAUAGACUCAUUAGAAGGUGGCUCGCUGGACUCGGCUUUGCCAGAUUUAGUAGGGACAUUUGAUAUUUCAGAUAUGGAAUCUCUGAAAAGUCUUGAUGUUAAUAUAAACAAUUCAGAAGGACCUGUAGAGCUUAUGGAUAUUAAUGUUAUGCCAAUUAUUUUUGCACCGGUACCCAAGAGCACAGUCAGACAAACACCUGGAAAAGAAAAUAAAACCAUAAAAAAGACUUUUACUAUAUGCCAAAAAUGUAAAGCUUCGGUUGUAGGUCGGAAAGCAAAUUGCAUGUCAUGUAAGAAAAAUUACUGUGAGGAAUGCACCGCCGGUCCUCAAAAAUGGGAUUAUCUUUGUGACAUAUGCUUGGAAGGAGAAGAACCAAUUGCUCUUUGUGAUAUUAGUCAUUCUCAAACUGACAAACAACCAAUUCUGGCUACCAACUUGUUUACUGCUCCUAGUACAUCAGGUAUGUUGACUUAUUAUUAUAAAUAG